AGCGGAAGCGGCGGCGAUGGCGGCGCGGCGCGCGGUUGCCAUGGGGCCCUGGGCCGUACCCCUCCCCCCACGCUGGGCCCCGGCCCUGGAGGGGCCUCAGCACCAGGUUCACCCCGACGGGGACCCCUCGGACCCCCUCCCGCCAUGGCCGCUUCCUGCGCCUGGCCGAGGCCUACGCGGCCCUGAGCGCCCCCCCGGGACAGCGCCGGGACCCCCGCCCCGGCCCGGGACCGCCCCCCGGCCCCGGACCCCCCCGAGCUGGGAGCAGGACCGGCGGCACUGGGAGCAGGAGCGGCGGCGCUGGGAGGAGAACCGGCGCUACUGGGAGCAGUUCCGACCCCCCCCGGGGCGCCCCCCGAGCCCCCCACGGGCGCCUCCUGGGGCUGCUGCUGCUGCUGAUGGCGCUGGGGGGGCUGGCGCACGCGCUGGCCUACAGGUACCUGGCCGGGGCUCACGCCGCCUUCCUGGACAAGCAGGACCGGGAGCUGCGCGCGGGCCUACGAGAGAGCCCGGAGCCGCGCGGGGUCUCCAUCGCCGCCUUCUGCAAAGACUUCAACGAGCGCACCCGGGACAUCAAACCCGGGGUCCCUCUGAGGGUCCGGCUGCUCGUGCAUCCUGACCGGACCUACUCGCUGACCAUCGGGACCCCCCCCACCUCCUACUUCCUAAAGGCCGUGGCCGGAGUGGAGAAAGGCUCGUCCAGACCUGGCCACGAGCCGGCCGGGGUGGUGUCCCUGGCGCAGCUGUUCGAGGUGGCCGUGGCCAAGCAGAGGGACCCGGUGGUGGCCACGCGGGGGCACGGCCCUGCCCGCCCUGGUGGGAUCCCUGGUGGGCUCUGCCCGCAGCCUCGGCCUGCUCGUGGUGCCCAGGCUGACCCCCCAGGCCGUGGCCGAGGUCCAGCGGCGCCGCCGGGAGCUCCAGGCGGCCGCAGCCCCCCCGGGCGGGCAGGAGGAGGACGAGGGGGGGGGCCAGGAGGAAGUGACCCCUCCCCAAAACGGGCCCCAGAGACCGGGGGGGACCCCGGAAACCCGGGGGGACCCCAAAAACCCGGGGGGACCCCAGAAACCCGGGGGGGAACCCCAAAAACCCGGGGGGACCCCCCCACCAAAUAAAGAGCUCCUCCCACAGACCCACGUGGGGUUUGUAAUUUGGGGAGGGGGUCCCGAAA